GCUCUUGUUUCUCGGUAAAGCAUAUUCAUAUAUCCACAACAACCAUUAACUCGUGUCUAGAUAUACAUAUACAAAAAGGAACGCAGGACGCAACUAUAAACAGAAAACCAAAUAGACUUAAAUAAUUAUCUGAGAAAUAUGUCUUCUGACGAAGAGGAUUCCGAUUGUCCAUUGUGUAUGGAAGAGUUGGAUAUUGCCGACCGUAACUUCAGACCUUGUCCUUGUGGCUAUCAGAUCUGUCGUUUCUGCUGGCACCACAUUAAAACUAAUUUAAACGGUCGAUGCCCUGCCUGUAGAAGAUUAUAUAGUGACCAAAUUGUCGAGUUCGUGCCUGUCAGCGCAGAGGAAAUUGUUCGCUUAAAGAAGGAGAAGAAAGAAAAGGACCGUCAAACACGAGAUAUGAGAGACCCUAGUAGAAGACAGCUGUCGAAUGUGAGAGUCGUUCAAAAGAAUCUUGUUUAUGUCCUUGGUCUUAGUUUAAAGCACGCUACCGUGGAUAAUGAGUUCUUCAAAAAAUACGGACGCAUCGAGAAGGUUGUCAUCAGUAAACGUUCUGCUCCUUCAUCAGGCUCUAAUUCAUCUGUCGGCAUUUACGUUACUUUUGCUCGAAAGGAAGAUGCCGCUAAAGCUAUUGAGGGAAUGAACGGUAUGGAGUAUGAUGGUAAAACUCUCAGGGCCUCUUACGGAACAACAAAGUACUGUACAUACUAUCUGAGACAUAUGGCUUGUCCUAAUCCCAAUUGCAUGUACUUGCAUGAACCUGGAGAUGAUGUUGACAGUUACAGCAAAGACACUGUAGCUAUUGGAAGUAAACACGCUAAUUCGUCAACCAGUUCCAGCAGUGCAGCAGCAGCAGUUUAUCCCAAUAAACGUCCUGCCACUGCUUUGAAGACUACACUCGCUACUUCUUCCAGCACAACUACGACUGCAGUUACUCCUGAGAUCAGACCUGCUACGACGACAGUACCACGUACAUGGGCACCUAUUCCAAAGGUUGUUCCUCCUCCACCUGUUGUGAUUCCAAAAGAAGAGCCGCCAGUGGUGGUCCAAUCUCCUCCUCGGCCCCCUUCUCCCCCCUUCCAAGAAAUUACCAAAUCUUCUUCAUCUACGAUAAAGAAGGCCGCUAACAUCGUACCAGUAAAACCUAGCAAAGCCAGUUCUUCCAAGAAGCCUGUAGCAGAAAAAUCCAAAAAGCUCGUCAUUCCAUUGGUGAUGGAGGAGGAUGAAAAACCCGCACUUCCCGCUACCGCAUCUUGGGCCAAAGCUCAACCUGUGGUCAAUCACGAGAGUGUCAUCACUCCUGCUAACUUUGGCCCUUCUUUAUCCGAUGCUUUACACGCACCUCAGAAGCCUAAACACGCUCCCUCUCUCAAGGUCAAAAAGGAAAAGAAAAUUAAAGGUAAAAUGGUACGUUUGGAAGAGUUUGAAGAGGCAGAGAGAGAGGCUAGAAUCGCAGCUACUAAGCCCAAGACGGUUGCCAAACCUGUUACUCCUGUUGUCGUUCAUGAAAUAAGACCUAUUCAAAAUGAUGCUAGAUCGACGGAUCGCAUUGAACCACCACAGCCGUCACCACCAGCUCCUAUAGCAUCGCCUGUCGUAGUAAAGAAAGAAGUUGAAUCGGACGUAGUCGAGGAUACCGAUAAGCCUGAGAUGGUAGAAAUCAAGAAGGCUGCUUCUGAAAACGUAGUUGAGGAGGAGCCUAUGGUUGUUCGUGAAGAAGAGAAGGUGGAUGUUGUCAUGGAAUAUGAUGAACCUCAAGUAGAUGAAGAGAUGGAUUCUAUUCCUGAUGAUAUCAUUAACAAUGUUUCCCAGGAGGAGAUUGAAUAUGUUAAAGCUGCGCACGAUAAUGAGAAGAUUGAAGAUCUUGCUUCUUUGAAUGAUGAUAUCAUCAAAGCUUUUGAUAAUGCUGCUAAUGAAUCUUCUGAGAAGGUUCAAGCGGAUGAGAAUCGUCAAAAAGAAGACAAUGGCAGUAAAUCCGAAAUUGAUGUCAGUGAACCAUUGCCUCAGACUAUUUCUUCUCCUAUGGCUGCCAUGGAUAGAUUAUCUGCUUUAGUUCAACAAGAGAUCAUGACUGAUUCACCUGAACCACCUCAAUUCGACGAGAACGUUAUUUCUCAAGAACAGCAACAGGAACAACAACAACAACAGCAGCAGCAGCAACAGCAGAUGCAACAACAACAUAUACAGCAACAACAGCAACACAUGCAACAGCAACAAGCUUAUCCCCAAGGAGGGCCCCCUCCUCCACAUCCUGGCAUGAAUAGAUUUGAUAUGGGUAUGGUCAUGCAACCUGAUAAUCGUCGUUCACCUAUGCCUCCACCUGGUCUUGGUAAUGUUCCCCCACCUCCACCUCCCGAUUGGAUGAACCGUAGCUUUGACCCGUUCAACGGCCAAGAUCCAUCACUGAUUGCAGCACGUCGUUUACAACAUUCCCAACGUAUGCUGGAGGCCAGUGGAUUAUUUAAUGGCGGCGGAUUUGGUCAUCCACCUGUUGUUCCACGCUUUGGUUUCUCUCCUGACUUCAAUCAUGGUCCUUCUGGAUUCCAUCCACAUCAACCCCCACCUCCACCUCUUGGUAUGUUCCCACCACCUCCCCCUCCGCAUCCGAUGAUGAGAGGACCACCUCCUCCACCUCCUGAGAUGAUGAAUAUGCAACCAUCCUUUGGCCCUCCACCACCACCACCUAUGCAACAAAUGGAUGAUUUACGAAACGAAUUUGGUAACAUGAAGAUGAAUGGAGAGGAUCAAUCACGCGAAGAUUUUAGAGCUUUAUUGCCUAAUGUCAAUAUUAGCUUUAAUAAUCUUCAAGAAAAGAGAAGGGCGGAAGAGUUCUAUCAGCAACAAUUGAUGCGUCAACAACAAAUGCAGAGAAUGUCAGCAGAGCAAGGUGAUAUAUCCUCCCACAAUGGCCCUAUGAGACAUCCAUCUUUCAAUUCUUUUUCUUCGCAAGAAAAGAUUUUAUUAAGAUCUCCCGGACAAUGGCAACAGCAGCAACAGCAGCAACAGCAGCAACAGCAACAACAGCAACAACCAUGUCCUCCUGAGCCAUUGAUGGAAAAAAUGGAUGAACAAGAAGUUAAGAACCCUGAUGUCAGAGUGGAAGCACAAAACUUCUUUGGCGAGUUCUUAAGAAAAGCCGCUUCUUCUACCCCUCAGCCUGAAAUGUCUCCUAAGAAGGAAGAACAACCUGUUCCACCUGCUGCCUUACCCUUUCAAGAUCCUGCUAUCAUGUCUGUUCGUUUAAAUGAUGCUCCUGUCAAUGAUGCUGUUCGCUCUCAAAACACGAUUCUACAAAUUUUAGGCGGUCAGCCACCUCCACCUUCGCCUUUGAUGACUCUUCAGCAGCAGCAGCAGCAGCAACAGCAGCAGCAGAUACAACAACAACAUCAUCAGCAGCAGAUACAACAACAACAACAUCAGCAGCAGCAACAGCAACAGCAACAGCAGCAACAACAACACCAUCAGCAGCAGCAACAUCUCCAUCAACAGCAAAUGCUUCAGUUCCAUCAACAACGCCAACAGCAGCAGCAGCAGCAGCAGCAACAGCAGCAACAGCAGCAACAACAUAUUCACCACCAGCAGCAGCAACAAAGGCAGAUGGAUCCUAGGUUCAUGAUGGAUCAACAAGGUAGAAUGAUGCAUCAAGACGGAGCAAACUUCAAUGAUAUGGGGCCUAAACACUUUAAUAAUAUGUUUAUGGGGCCACCACCUAAUUUCCAACAACAACAGCAGCAGCAACAGCAACAGCAGCAGCAGUUUCACCAGCAACAACAAGGUAACAUUCCACCUCCACCAUCAUCCUUUAUGACUGGGUUUAGAGAACCAAAUAUGGGUAUGAUGGGUAGAAUGGGGCCACCGCCUGGCAUGAUGAGACCACCCAUGCCACCUCCACCUAAUGAUAUGAGAUUUAGACAUGGACAGAUGGGCAAUGGUCAACCUCUACCACCUGGCAUGUUUACUGAAGAGAGCCAACAUUAAAUCUACUCUGGUAUAUUAUACAAAAUCUACACUAUUUCCAUUUUCCUGUAUCACUCCCAACAUUUAUAAAUAAUUGCGUUUUACUCUUUUUCUAAAUUCCUUUUUCUUUUCUUUCUCGCACACAUAUACACACAACACUCAAAAAUGACAUAAUUUUUUUAAUAAACAGCUUUUUUUUUUUCUCUCUCUCUCUUUUU